AUGGCAGCGCCAAACUCCUCGGAGAUUACUAGUACUCUCCCUCUCCAAGCAGAGGAGACCACAGAGAGAAUGGAAGUUGAAGUUGAGGACGAGUCCACGCUCGUGGGUCCUGUAGCAGAUUCAUGUACUGGUGGUUGUGAGCGCCCUUUGGUGGAAACAGACAAUGAGAAAAGCUUCUACGAAGGUGUUGAAGGCUGUGGGAUCCAGUGUCAAAAUCCACUCUUCACAGACGCUGAACAUGAGCGCAUCCACAAGUUCAUCGCUGGGUUUGGAGCCGUGACUGUUGUUUUUACAUUCUUCACUUUGGCUACAUUCUUGGUGGACUGGAAGAACUCUAGCCGCUACCCGGCCCUCAUCUUGUUCUACAUCAAUGGCUGCUUCUUUGUGGGCAGCAUCGGUUGGCUGGCUCAGUUCAGCGAGGGAGCGAGGGAUGACAUCGUUUGUAGAUCAGAUGGGACCAUGAGAAUUGCAGAACCCAGGUACAUGUGUCAAUCUUCUUCUGUAGUAAGUCAACUAUAAACAGACAUCCAUGGA